CUGGUCAUCAUAUAUGCCGACUUACAGUAAGUAGGCGAACUCAAGAAAUGUCAACCGAAAUUCCGAACUGCGUUUUCGUUUCGAAAAUAUUUAUUAAGUAGCGUUCUAAAACUAUUCAGCUUGUAAUAUAAUUUAGUUACCUCAGGAUGCCGGCUUUCGAACGAACUUCCUUCCGGCUGCCUGCAUAAACUACACUCUGUGCAAAAUGACUACAAAAUGACAACAAAUGACUAUUAGUACAUUAAUUUUCCUCAUUGAUUUUCGAUGCCCCUUAAAGUCCAAUUAUAUUUCAUGGAAAACGUGACAAAACCUACAUUCUUUUGCUCAUUCGGUAGAAAAUUACGUCUUCUUUUAAUUUUAUACUCGAAGGAGGGACAUAAUUCGGUUUUAAAAAGUUUACAAUUGUGGAACUUUUAAAUACUGUGAAAUGGCCGUUCAUAAAACGUCAUGUCUUUGCAUUUACCAAUAUGAGUUGCAAAGUUAACAAUAUAGAUCAAAUCCUCCGCUAAAUUUUAUGAGUCCUAUAGAGUCUCCCUUUAUUACUGUAGAGAAAAGCGUGUUUUUUUAUACGCGGAAAAUAUACGGCAUGUAGUUUGGAAACCCUGAAUCUAAGUGUAACGGUAGAGCGGGUUCAAAAUUAUUCGGGAAUUGGAAAUGUCUUCGAAAACCGAAUUAUACCCUUCCUUCGAGUAAAAGAUUAGAAGCAGACUUAAAUGUUUACCGAAUGAACAAGAGAAUGAAUAUUUGUAUGCAUGUUUUCCACAAAAUAUAAUUGGACUUUUAGGGGCACUGAAAAUCUGUGAGAAAAGUACAUGCUACUUAAGCAGUUAUUUUCUACAGAAUGUAGUUUUUGCAUGCAGUCGGAAGGAAGUUCGUUCGAAAGCCAAAGUCCGGGGUAACUGAAAUAAUAUAGAAUUAUGUUGCAGGCUGACUAGUUUUACAACGCUAUUUAAUAGAUUUUUUCGAAACGAAAAUGCAUUUCGGAAUUUCGGUUGACAUUUCAUGAGUUACGCACGUACGUAAAUGCGAAAAACCCACUUGCUGACAACUGGGGGCCGAAUAUUCUUUAGACACGCCCCCCCCCCUCCCCUGGGGAUCUGUCCUACGCAACACCAGCUCACCAGAUGCCUGUAAACAAAGUGUUUGAGAGCCGUCUGAUAGCAGCCUUCAAAGUUGCCGUCUCGGAGGAUUCUCUAUGAGGAAUAACAUGCGCAUACCUUUAUCCUCACUAGGGUGAUGCUAAGCCGCCCAAAGGCACCCCCUCGGUGCCUCGAACGGGCGGUUAUGCUUCCGUGCAGAAGAACAAACACGGCGAGCCUGGUAGCUACGUUGCGAACUCUCACACCACCUCCACGCCGAUAAUGCAGAGGCAGAACAACCAAUCAGAGCAGGGCUGGCAACCGCCGCCGCCGCUGUCAAGCCAGGCGCCACAGGAUCAGCAGAACCAGUCCUACCAUACCCUGUCGUCCUUCCAACCCGCGGGGGGUGGAGGUAGUGCCUGGUCAGACUACGAUCUGUCACUUGGACGACGGGACCUCCGCGCCGCGACGGUGGCAGAGGAGGGUGGACCUGUGGCCAGUAGCCUGAGAAUGCAUCCGAACGUGCACAGGGGUCUGCUGGCAGAAAUGAACGCCGGCGUGCGACUUCAUCCCGUGGCCCCACAGCCUCCGAAUCAUAUCUGA